UGUCGCCUCAUCUCUGUUGCAAAAUCUCCCCGUGUUACGAAAACACAUCCACGUGAGGGUGUAAACAACAAGAGAGUGGUAGACGGACAGCCAUUGUCCGAGCUCAAUGACAUGAGGGCCCGCUACUUUCCCCUGGCUGUGUUUGCCAGUCUCCUCUGCCUAUGCCGGAGCUACACCCUGAGGAGCUCCAUGUCCUGGGUCGUCUCCUCCAACGACGUGGUGGAGGACGCGGACCUGUCGGAGGAGGUCGCCCCGGCGCUGCUGGUGGACAGUGCGGGGUUGUGGAAGCAGGCGUACCCGUCCUCUAACGUCCUGGGAGACAGCGUGGAGAGCCCCGGAGAGCUCGUGAAGCCGGAGAACGACAAUGUGGCUCAGCUGUCCUCUUCUCGCCUGUUUUCAUAUCGGUUGGAGAAGGUGAAGAAGUCCGGGGGCAGCGGUCCUCCCCCUCCACCUCACCAGGAGACCGCCAGGACUGCCAGAUACAUAGCUCACUACAGUGACUGGGGUCAUCUGGCCACCAUUUCAACUCUAGACAAGAUCAAAGGUCUCCCCUUUGGGAACAUCUUCUCAGUGAGUGAUGGACCACUGGACAACAGCACCGGAGUCAUCUACUUCUAUGUGACUCCUAUGGACAACUCUGUAUCAGACCUGAAGAAUAAUCCUUAUGCUUCGCUCACGUUCUCUGAGGCUGAGGGAGAAUUCUGCAGGCAAAUGGUGUAUGAUCCAGAGGAUCCAAGAUGUGCUAGACUCACGCUAACAGGCAAGAUGGUGGAGGUGGCCCCAGAGGAGCUUGCGUUUGCAAAGGAAGCAAUGUUCUCAAGACAUCCUGUGAUGGCCAAGUGGCCAGUGGGACACAAGUGGUUCUUCAUGAAGCUAGAGAUGAUCCAGGUCUGGCUGCAGGACUGGAUUGGAGGCGUAUCGCUCAUUCCACUGGAGGACUACUUUAAAGCGACACCUUUCUAAGAAAAGAUCUCUCCUGCUGCAUUGUGUCAGCCUACAAAGAUCCACUCAGCUGUCUACACCACAGAUGUGGUGCCAAAAGAAUAUUUUCAAAAUCUUUUCCUUUUUUAACUGCUGUUGCAAUUUCAAUUUGUGUUUCAAGAUUAUUCUUCACUUUUUUCUUUUGCACAAUUUCACAAAAUCAGUUAAUCAGUUUCCUGUUUUGUCUGUGAAGGUAUGUAGAGUCCACGAGGAAGCCACAGUCAUCACAGGAAGCAUAGAAAUUGUCUUUUAAUAUAUUCUUUAUAGACACUGUUUUUGACAUUUUGUGGGUUUGCAUUAAAGUAUGUGUGCUGUUUGAAAAAUAAAAUGAAUGUUCGCACACACUA